AUGGACCAGUCAUGGCCAAUCCAGAUGUUUGGCGACCUGCCUUUCUUCCGCUGGGAAGAUCUUAACAGCGAUGCCCCGACAUCCGCCCCAAAUUACCCAUCCAUACAGGAGUCGGCAGCAGGUAGUGAUAUCCCCUCCCUGCUUCCGACCCGCUCCUGUCCUCCGCCCGAAUCAUAUGUCUCCCAACCCCCUCAAAGUCAGGAAUCCCGCCUGCCUAGUGACGCAGUCCCCUCGGAUCAUUCUCGCCGACAGAAGACCGCCAAAGCCGCUCUCUCCAAAUCGACACCUCGGCGGUCCAUGAGAUCCCCGGGACGGCAAUCCAAGACGGGUGCUGCGGCGAUUCAAGAACCUGGCAAUCCGCGCAAACAUGUUACAAAGUCAUCAAAUGUCGCUCCUGAUGAGCGCCGCCGCACGCAGCUGCGCCUCGCACAGCGUGCGUAUCGGACUCGCCAGCAAGCGACCGUGAAAGGCCUCGAAACCCGCAUCUCCCGGUUGGAGACCGUCCUGGAAAGCAUGAGCUCGACGGUUCUAUCGUUCAGCGCGGAAUUACUUGAAUCCGGGGUGCUGGAGUCGUAUUCUGGACUGACUGAGAGUCUGCGCGAUGCGAUCAAGACCGUUCUUUCACUAGCAUCCGAGCCCAGCCCUGGCAGCAGGGCUCCGAUUCCCGACGAGCCUUCACAAUCCGAGGAAGCCGAAGACCCGUCCCCUUCUUCAGAUCUUGCACCGACAACGGGCUCGCUACCCAGUAUCUCCUUCCCUGCGGCUUUGGGUCACGACCCGCCUCACUUCACGGAUGCGGAUGACUUCCGCACAGUCAGCUCACCAGCAACCGCUAGCAUAGGGUUAUCCGAAUUUAUUCACAGACUCCAUGUUGAAGCCCUCUACCAGUCAUACCUCGCUUUAUCCAACCAUGCCAUUGGACUGCAUCAGCUCCAAAGGCCGUUUGGGUUCGCGCUCAGUAUGCUGGAUCGCGGGACCCUGGCGUCUUAUUUCAAAGCGGAACUCGACGCCAUAGCCAACCGGAAGCCACUGGACGGGUGGGAGGCAGUGCCUCUGUUCAGCUUGGGCGGUGCGGGGACGCAUUAUCCCCGCCCGGCCUCGAUGCAAACCCGAACUGAGGGCCGCCCAUCGUAUUCCCACCGACGACGGGGCACGCGGGCAGUGUCUCUAGCCCGCGUCGCGCCUGAUGUCCUCGGGACCUUCGAAGGGACCUGGUUUGACUUGCAUGAUCUGGAAGGAUUUCUGCUGGAGAAAGAUGUGCUUCUGCUUCUGCCGACGGAUGAUCCCAGUACGGGCUCAUCAUCAACGCAAACCAGCAUCAACGUCGCUCGUCUUAUACCAGGUAUUCUCGGUGCCCCUGCUGAUAUCAGCGGACAGAUGAUUCUGACUCUCCAUAGCAUUAAUCAUAUGCCUUUGCUGGACUCGGACAUUGCCGUGGCGAAGAAAGUAUUCGACGUAAACGUCUUUGCGGUUGUGGCCGUGACCCAAGCGUUUGCGCCGCUUCUGAUCGCUUCGAAAGGGACCGUCAUCAAUAUUGGAUCUGUGCUUGGCAAAAUGCCGCUUCCUUGGCAGGGCUUUUACAAGGCUAGCAAAGCUGCCGUCGCUCUGAUCACCGAUCAGAUGCCCAUUGAGCUCUCCACGUGGGGAGUCGAUGCAAUCCUUGUCAACACCGGCGCGAUAAAGACGCAUUUUUUUGACAAUCUGGCCAGCCAACCAGUGUUGCCAGAAGAUUCGCGUUAUUAUCCGGCCAAGGGUGUGAUUGAGCCAGCAUUGGCCGGAAGCGAGGUUGAGGGAAAUGCUAUACAGGUAGAUUCGUAUGCUGAGAUUGUGGUCAAUAACGCGAUCCGAUCCGAUCCCAAAAAGCAUCUCUGA